AUGUUCUUUGAAGAUAUGCUCACAGAUGAACAACGAGAAAUCGUGAGAACUUUGAAUACCUGGGCACAGCAAAUGGUCACUUUGGUUGAGAAAAAUAGCAUGGUUUGUUAUGAAUUUACAUUAAAAAAUCUCUUUAUUGGUUAUGAUCCGGAAGAAACUAUUCAAAGUUUGGUUAUCAGCAUUACGCAUCAACAUAAAGAAGAGACGAACAAAAAUAUUCUUUCACUAUGCAAGGAAUCACUCAUUGCCAUUGCUUCAGCUGAUGGAAUAAUAAGAGCUACAAAAUCUGCGAUUAAUAAAAAAGAAAGCCUCCGUUGGAAAGAGGUUUACUUCUCAUCGGCCAUAUCUAAUAAUCAACAUCAUGAAAAUUUAGCAGAUUACUUCAUGGAAUUAUUUUAUAGUGUUGGUAUUAUCAAUCCAGUCCCAUUGCUAGUUAUCGUUAAUACAUUUUCAAACAUUGACACCGAUGUAAAAAAAUGUUUGAUGAUGAUAUUAAGAGUUCAUGUCGAGAGGCUUUCAAAUUUUAGAACAAAAGCCCAACUUCAAAACAGAGUUAAAAAUUUUUGGUUAGAAUCUGACGAUCAAAUAUUAGUUAUUCAAUGCGAUAUGACUACCGCAAAUUCUAGAUACAUAAAGUUAAUAAAAUUCAUCAUUGAGCAAUACCGUAAUGAAUUUCUAAGGACCAGAAAAGAGGAUGUACCGGCUAAACACGCGUGCAUCAUCCUACACAUUAACAGGGAACAAGAAACCAAUUUUUCAUCCUUCAAUUUCAUGUGUGGAUGGAGGAUAGUUACACUUAAUUCAUUAGUGCCACAGGAGAAGAAUUUGAUAUCACUUUUGGAUAGAUCCUUAAAAUAUAUAUUGAAUAUCACUUAUACUUUUGAAGAGAUAUUGAAACAGGAAUUGCAGUGGUGUCUGCAAUGCAUGAAAUAUCCAUCUACUGAAAAUUCAAAUAAUCAUCUCAGGGUCCUCGACUCCGAAAUUCUUAAGCAUCCAAAGUUUAUUGAUUGUCUAAAGGAAAAGGUUUUGAUAUGGCUAGAGAAAAAAUCUACUGUCGAUUGGCAAUAUGAAGUGGCAUCUAAUAAAAGAUUACUCUAUCCGUAUUCUUCUUUCUCGGCUGCUCUACAAGCUCGCAUUCGUACAAUGGUCAGGGAUCCUAUUGCAAGAACUUUAUUUGCACUUGAAAAGUUAUUUGCCAUUAAAACCUUUUUUGACAUCGACCAACCUGGAAACGAGGAGAGUCCCUUAAUUUUACUCUGGGAGAAUUUGGUUAAAGAUCCCAAAGUAAUUGAAAUAGAUAAACUUCCUGAACCUACACCUAAUCAAUAUGUAUUACCAAAUAAACUUUACGAUUUACAGUUCCCGUUCUCGUAUUACUUUUUGAGAAAAAUUGAUGAUUUUAAGGACAUCUUUUUAGCAGAGCUCGAUAAACUUAAACAGGACAAUGAAAAUUGCGAUGGAUCCGGGGAUCUUUUCUUUCACGUUGAGGUCAUGGCUCACGAAGCACUCAAAUCUAACGUCUAUUCAUUGUUGUCAUAUCUUAGAGGACAAAUUAUUGAACCACAUUUAGAAAAAUACUUUAAUGAUUUUGUGACCAUUGUUUCAGCUAUUGAUGGAGAAAACAACAGGGAAUUAUUAUCAUCGUUAUUGAGGCAACUUUUGGGUGAAGAAAAAAUGUAUGAUCCGGUUCUAUUGCAUGCUUACUGGUGGAUAAAUUCGAGUACAAUCCUGACGGAUAUGCAAUUGGCUCAGAUGUGUCCGUCAAUAGUUAAAGAUUUUACAUCAAGAGGCAGCAGAUUCUCUUUCGAAGAGUUCCUUGUUCACGAAAUAACAACGAUGAUGCUUAAUAAGAUAUGUGGGAAAGAUGUAGACGGAAUUAACUCUCAUCAAAUUGAUAUGUGGUUACGGGAAGUCAACAAAGUUUUAACUUAUAGUGGAAAAUUACAGAAAACUCGUAAAUUACCUUCUUUCCAGCUACUAAGAAUAUGUAACGAACUUGUCGCCUCAAAAUCUAUCCCAUU